GUAGAAACAGUGGAACAAAAAGAUUGAUUGUGUGCUCCGAUUAAGAAACAAAAAGAACACCAGAAAAGUCUAUUACAAGGUUUUUUCCAAGAUCUGGGGAGCUUCAGGUGGGUAGCUGUCAGCAACUUGUCCCCAUCAAGUCCUUUAUGCUUUAAAAUUUCUACUAAGAGCUGAAAGUCCUAGAGAUUAUAUUGACAUUCUACUGUCUCUGAAAUACCCUCCAACCAAUACCCUGAUUGAUAUGGCCCACAUGGUUGCUGCUCAUGCAAAUUCUUGUUGCCCAGGAAUGUUUCAACCACAUGAAGGCAGAGUGGCUGCAGCAACGGUCACUAAUGUUCAAGCUGCUUAUGAUCAUUCUUUGUCAGUACCCAUGCCAUGGCUGCAUGAGAACUGCAGCCUAAACAAAAAACAAAUCCAAGCUACUCAAGAACAUGACUUUAACACGACUGUUCAUCCAAUCACUGGGGUAUCUGCUCAAUACUGUUUGUCUGACAAACUACAUGAGGGUAACACCAAGCAAGAGAUUGAAGUGUUGCGUAGAACAGAGCAUGUACCAGAGUUAAAUGGCAUUAUCAAUACUGAAUCCGAAGAGCAAUUGCAUAAUGCAAUGGGGAGAGACAGAUAUUUCAUGAAUAGCAUGAACGCAGUGAGGCACAUAUUUUUAUUUAGAUCUAAUGUUGAUCAAAGGAAUACUCGUCUCAAUACGGCUGCUACUGAACAUUUGCGUCAAGCAUUACACUGCUCAACAGCUGUUGACAAUUUUGGACGAGCUGUAGCUGCAGGCUCUUCCACCACAAUUGGUACUCAUUUAGGUAAUCCUCCUUUGGCAACAUCGUAUACAGCAAGAAACCAACAGACUUCACAAACUAGUCUGAGUCAUCCAGGAAGUUCUGAUAAAGCUAAAGUUCAUGGAACUAAUAAAGACAUUGGAACACAAAGAUCUGUUCAAGCAGAACUGAAACUAGAAAAAUUUUCAGAACUUAAGAGAGCUAUGGAACAAUUAUGCUUAGAAAUACAUGACCUCAACCUCAACAGAGCUUGCUUGCAUAAAAGAAUUCAGAUUCAGCACUUCGGUUUUGCGGCAGAAUGCCUACAAACGGAUACAGAAGGCAAACCUCUUGAUAUGUCACACUUUGUUGUCAACAAAGACUGGGCAAGCUAUCCGAUUAAUCUGAGAAGAAAUGGAACAUGGGCUGAUCACAUAGCAGUGUUGGCUGUAGCAACAUUUCUUUCCUAUAACAUCAGAAUAAUUAGCGCAGUUGGCACCGCAGACAGCUUUGAUAUUAUAGUUGAGCCAAAUGGACACACAGCUAGACAUGCCAUUCCCUUACUUCUUGGACACUACACUGAAAACCACUAUGAAAGCCUGGACAUUGCAAUUAAUGGUAUAUUUGAGUCUACUAUUUCUACCACAACUGAUUGUCCUUUUAAUCAAUAG